AUGGCCCUCCUCACCACCACACUCACGUACCUCUCCCAACACAUCCCCUCCAUCCUCUUCACCAUCCUCAUCAUCCACCUCGCACGAAACUACUUCAAGCCCGGGUUAUCGCGCAUCCCAGGCCCGUUUUUCGCCAAGAUCACCAAUCUCUGGCGCUUCGUCGACGUAGCGCGGGGCAGAGCGGAGGUAACACAUUAUCAGCUGCACCAAAAACAUGGCGAGUAUGUGCGACUAGGACCGAAUGUCGUUAGUGUUUGGAAUGUGGAGGCGUUGAAGGUGAUCUAUGGGAUUAAGAGGGGGUAUAAGAAGACCGCAUUCUAUCGUGUCCAGCAACAACUUGUAAAGGGAAAGCCGACCAGAACGCUGUUUACGACCCUUGAUGAGGACCUUCAUGCUAAGAUUAAACGACCCGUGUCGGCGGCGUAUUCAAUGAGUACAGUUACCGAGUUCGAGCCGUUUGUGGAUAGUACGACACAGACGUUGUUUGCGCGGUUGGAUGAGCUUUCGGAGAAGGGGUAUGCGUUCGACGUCAUUGGCGAGAUGACGUUCAGCAAACAACUAGGGUUUUUACGAGAAGGUCGCGAUGUUGAGGGGAUCAUGGAAUCGUUGGAGAAGAUGUUCGAUUAUGCGGGAAAGAUUGGUCAGAUGCCCUGGCUAGAUUAUGUCUUGAUCAAGAACCCUCUCCGGCAGCUUAUUCGGGGCGGUUCUACUGGAGCUGUUGCUCGUUUCGCCCGUGAUCGCUUGCAUGAACGGCUGUCUCAGGGUGGUAGUAAGCGAGAUGAUAUUCAUGAACGCCAGAAGGACUUCUUGACCCGCUUCCUGGAGGCGAAAUCAAUUCACCCUGACGUGGUCGACGACGCCCAGGUGUUUUCCUAUACAACCAGCAAUGUGAAUGCAGGCUCCGAUACUACCGCAAUCUCCCUCCGAGCGAUUCUGUACUAUACGUUGAAGAAUCCCAGGGUAUUCAGCAAGCUGCAGGACGAACUAAAUGGUGCCCUUCAGACCGGGAAAGUUACCAUUCCUGUAUCGUGGAAACAAAGUCAGGAGCUCCCGUAUCUCGACGCAGUCAUCAAGGAGGCUCUUCGCCUCCAUCCAGCCGUAGGACUCCUCUUGGAGAGGGUAGUCCCCGCAGAAGGCCUCCAAUUGCCAAACGGCCCCUUCCUUCCCGCCGGAACUGUUGUUGGUGUCAAUCCGUGGAUUAUCCACCGCCACGCUAUUUUUGGCAAGGAAAUUGACAGGUUCGUCCCUGAGCGUUGGCUGCGGGGUAACGAUGAAUCGGAAGCGGAGUUUAAGAUGCGAAGGCAGAAUAUGCUAGGGGCGACGCUGACGUUUGGGGCCGGCCCCCGAACCUGCAUUGGGAAGAACAUCAGUCUGUUGGAGAUAUAUAAGCUGAUACCAUCGUUGCUCUUGGCAUACAAGGUAUGUGCACUGCCAUUUGUUGCUUGUCCUAGUAAUUUGCGAUCUCUGGUUAACGGGUGGCUGUUACAGAUUGAAUUGAGUGAGCCGGAAGCUGAGUGGGAGGUGGUCAAUGCAUGGUUCGUACGGCAGAAAGGGAUGAACGUGAAAGUGACGCGAGUGGCAUAG